AGAGAGGUAAUGGAGGACUGCGGCGACGUUGAAGUCUGAGAAUGGCUGCCUUCUCAGAAAAAAAAGGAACCGCCAGCAGCCACUGGAUGGCUUUGGGAUCCUUUAGGGGAAGGAAAAAAAAAAGGUGUGUGUCAGAAGUGGGAUUCGAACCCACGCCUCUAUUCAGAGACCAGAACACCCGCAGGGAAGGAAAUUGAACCAGUCAAACGAGAGGCAAGUGCAAACUCCUUGGAAAACUAGAAGGAUUGGUGGCCACUGCGCAGGCGUCGGACUCAGCGAAGGCCGAAACUAGAGUGGCCAAGGCGAGAAAGCCUGGCAGCCAGACGCCGGGCGCCGCCGCCCAUCCCUGGGCCUCGUUGGUGAAACUCUGGCCAGUUAAUACACGGAAAGCGCGUGGAAAUACACUCGCCACAGAGUCCUGGUGCCCAUGGCUUCCUCCCCGGUGGACGCAUCUCGCAGGCGGCAGGAGAAGCGGCGGCAGCUGGACGCGCGUCGCAGCAAGUGCCGCAUCCGCCUGGGCGGCCACAUGGAGCAGUGGUGCCUCCUCAAGGAGCGGCUGGGCUUCUCCCUGCACUCGCAGCUCGCUAAGUUCCUGUUGGACCGAUACACUUCUUCAGGCUGUGUGCUCUGUGCAGGUCCUGAGCCUUUGCCCCCCAAGGGUCUGCAGUAUCUGGUGCUCCUGUCUCAUGCCCACAGCCGAGAGUGCAGCCUGGUGCCGGGGCUUCGGGGGCCCGGGGGCCAAGAUGGGGGGCUUGUGUGGGAGUGCUCUGCAGGCCACACCUUCUCCUGGGGCCCCUCUUCAGGCUCCAUAUCUCCAGAGGAGCCCAAGCCAGUGUCCUGUCCGAAUACUGCCCGGAGAAGCUGGUGCCCGGAGGCCAGGAGCAGGUCGGAGCCUGCAGGUUUGGAAUCUGAGCAUGAUGAGAGGACUCAGGAGGCCAGGUUGCCCAGCAGGGAAGUGGGACCCCUACUGGAGACCUUCCCAACCCCAGGAGAAGAGGGGGAGGAGGAAGAUGAGGAUGAAGAGGAGAUGCUCAGUGAUGCCAGCCCAUGGACCUACAGCUCCUCCCCAGAUGACAGUGAUCCAGAUGCCCCCAGAGUACUUCCUUCCCCUGUCACCCAUGCACUUGAGGGGGAGACACCCCCGGCCCCAGCAGCUCCCCUCAGUCCUCUUGCUGUACCAUCCUCAUCAACAUCAUCAUUGGGUUCUGGAGCUCUUCUGCCUACGGAGGUUGGGGUACAGCCGGAACUCAGAGGGACCCCUCAAGCAGCCCAGCAGACUGAGCCCCUGGCCAGCCCUGGGAGUCAGGCCCAGUCUGCUCUGACCUUGGCCUGGGAGGAGGACAUGGCACAGAUCGGCCCCAAGAGAAUUAGGAAAGCUGCCAAAAGAGAGCUGCUACCUUGUGACUUCCCUGGCUGUGGAAGGAUCUUCUCCAACCGGCAGUAUUUGAAUCACCACAAGAAGUACCAGCACAUCCACCAAAAGUCCUUUUCCUGCCCAGAGCCAGCCUGUGGGAAGUCCUUCAACUUUAAGAAACACCUGAAGGAGCAUGUUAAACUGCACAGUGACACCCGGGACUACAUCUGUGAGUUCUGUGCCCGGUCUUUCCGCACCAGCAGCAACCUCGUCAUCCACCGGCGCAUCCACACUGGAGAGAAACCCCUGCAGUGUGAGAUCUGUGGGUUCACCUGCCGCCAGAAGGCCUCCCUGAACUGGCAUCGGCGUAAGCACGCCGAGACAGCCGCGGCUCUGCGCUUCCCCUGUGAGCUUUGCGGCAAGCGUUUCGAGAAGCCAGACAGUGUUGCAGCUCACUGCAGCAAAAGCCACCCAGCCCUGCUCCCAGCCCCACAAGAGUCACCCGGCCCACUGGAGCCCUGUCCCAGCAUCUCUGCCUCUGUGACCCCGAGGUCCGGUGAGGAGUCCAGGCCCUCUGUGCUCCCUCAGCAGUGAGCAUUCCUGAGCUCUGAGGAGCCAGACCCUGGAGACUGAAGAGGAGGGAGGAAGAGAAGUGCCAGGUGCCUGGUCCCCAGAAACCAGGGUGACAGGGAGUGCAGGGUGGGAGCACAACACAAGCCAGGCUACUUUAGUCUUCCUCAAGGACAGAAUAAACCCAGUAUUUUACAUGGA